AUGGGGAUGUUUUGCAUGCCCUACACGUUCCUCAAGAGAAUGAUCCUUGCGCAGCGACAACUUUCCGUCAAGGGACAGGCUCGCAAGGCUGUUGAGGCUGCAAACAACCUUGCGCUGCUGUUGAGUGUAAACGUCAAGAUAUUCGUGAGAAGCCUCGUCGGUCUUUCUGCUGUCGCCCUGAGCCCAUGCGAGCCGCACGGCCCCGUCCCCUGCUCGUCAGCAUUCCUGGCUCUGCGGGAUUUCGUUGCUGAUCGUGUCAAUUUUGCUUGUUCGAGGAUCAGAGCAGAGGCUUCUCAUCUUGCAAGUCACGUGAUCGCCGUGCUGAGCGACGACUCUUUGAUCUCAAGGUCUAAGGCCUUUCUCACAUCUCUGGAGAAUCGGGAGAUACAAGACCUGUUGAGAGCUUGCAGGCCUGACGUCCACCUUUCCUACUUCUCGUCAGUCCAGUUCCUCUCCGCGUGCCCAAGAAUAGUGAACCUGUCGGGCAUCCACGAAAUCGCUCCGUGCAAACCUGAGAACCUGACCUUGAAGGGAAGCACCAACGUCUCCUCCUGCUCCUGCCUCGGCUAUGCUGGGCUGAGAAUGUUUGUCAAGCUUCUGGUGGAGGAGACUCUGGACGUAAAGUUCAGCGUCUUUGAGGACGAGAUCGUUUCCGACCAGGUGAAGCGCCUGGUGCAGCUCUCGGGCACGGAGACGCAGCAUGGACGGGCGGCGAUGGCAGCACAGGACUCGCUCUUUCACAUCAAGCUGGGGUUCGACAAGUGGGGGAAAAUCUACAAGAUCUCCUACUCCAUCCAGAGCGUCCAGCAUCCGAAAGCCGUUAGCUAAGCCCAUGCUCGACUUACAUGUCCGUAGCAAUUCAAUGUAUCAGAGUCACGUGCCUGAUCUUGGCGUUGCUAUUGAAGAUUCUUAACUCC